CCCAUGGAGCCGCGCCGGGGGCGGGACUGCCCGGCGGCAGGCCGAGGGCUGGAGGCCGGUGCCGGCGGUGUUCGUCCCUCGGGGGCAGCGCUGCCGAUGCGGGCGCUGUGGCCGCUGUGCCUCGCCCUGGCAGCCGCGGCGGCGGCCGCGGGCGGGGGCGGGCGGCCGAGCGCCGAGCGCAGCGCCGUGUGGGGGCCCGGGCUGCGCGCCGCGGCCGCGCUCCCCGCACGGUACUUCUAUGUGCAGGCCGUGGACGCCCGAGGGCUGAGGUUCACUUCAUCACCAGGUGAAAAUGCAUUCCAGGUGAAGAUCACUGCUCCUGAAGAACAGUUUACUCGUGUUGGUGUGCAAGUAUUGGACAGGAAAGAUGGUUCCUUCCUCGUGAGGUACAGGAUGUAUGCGAGCUACAAAAGCCUGAGGAUAGAAGUCAAAACUGGAGAUAAGCAUGUUGCAAAGUCUCCAUAUAUUUUAAAAGGACCUAUUUACCAUGAAAACUGUGACUGCCCUCAGGAGGAAAGCAGUGCAUGGCUGGAAGAGAUGAACUGCCCUCAAACCUUUCCACAGAUUCAAAGAGACCUAGCAAAUUUUCCCAUUGUUGACCCAGAUAAGAUUGCAAAAGAAAUUCCACAGAGGUUUGGACAAAGACAGAGUUUGUGUCACUACACUAUCAAAGACAAUGAGGUUUAUAUAAAGACAUAUGGGGAACAUGUUGGCUUCAGAAUUUUCAUGGAUGCCAUACUGCUUUCUUUGACCAGAAAAGUGAAAAUGCCAGAUGUAGAAUUUUUUGUUAAUUUGGGGGACUGGCCUUUGGAGAAAAGGAAGCCCCCACAGAACUUGCACCCGAUCUUCUCUUGGUGUGGGUCCAGUGAGUCAAAAGACAUUGUCAUGCCAACAUACGACUUAACAGACUCAGUUUUGGAGACUAUGGGACGAGUCAGCCUGGAUAUGAUGUCAGUCCAAGCAAACACUGGCCCAUCGUGGGAAGACAAGAACACCACAGCCUUCUGGAGAGGACGUGACAGCCGCAAAGAGAGGCUUGAGCUUGUAAAACUCAGCAGGAAAUAUCCAGAGAUCAUAGAUGCUGCUUUCACAAACUUUUUUUUCUUUAAACAUGAUGAAAGCCUCUAUGGCCCUAUCGUUAAGCACAUUUCAUUUUUUGAUUUUUUUAAGUAUAAAUAUCAAAUUAAUAUUGAUGGCACAGUGGCAGCCUACAGAUUGCCUUAUCUACUAGCAGGAAACAGUGUGGUGCUAAAGCAAGAUUCCAUCUACUAUGAGCACUUCUAUAAUGAGCUGCAGCCAUGGAAACACUACAUCCCAUUUAAAAGUGACCUGAGUGAUCUGCUAGAAAAACUACAGUGGGCAAAAGAUCAUGAUGAAGAGGCAAAAAAUAUUGCAAAAUCUGGACAAGAAUUUGCAAGAAACAAUCUCAUGGGAGACCACAUUUUUUGUUACUAUUUCAAACUUUUCCAGGAAUAUGCCAGCUUGCAAGUGAGUGAGCCAAAAAUCAGAGAUGGGAUGGAGAAAGUACAGCAGCCUGAUGAUGACCUUUUCCCAUGCACUUGCCACCGAAAAAAGGCCAAAGAUGAACUCUGACAGAAGUAAAUACAUUUUUUCAGUAUUUGCCUAAAUUCAGACUGUCUUCUUAAAGAAAAAAGAAAAAUCUGGGUUAGUAUGCCUGUGGAUAAUGUCAGUGGAUAUUUUAAAGUUUACCAUUUCAUGAUCUACAUAUGGAAGAAAACAAAGCACCCCUGAUUUCCUUUUCAUCAUGCAGUGGUGGCAGAGCCUUAUUCAAACACAUUUUUAUAAUUUUUUUAAAAAUAAAAACAUGUUUGUAUCA